UUCCUUUCAUUUCUCUUCUUCCCAUUUUGGAGUCCCCUCAAUUCUCUCUCUCCCAAAAAAAAAUUAAAAAAGAAAGAAAGAAAGAAACUUUCAUGGAGAAGAAUAAUGAGAAGGAAACGCACGAUUUCAUGAACGUGGACUCCUUCUCUCAGCUUCCCUUCAUCCGCCCUUCUCCCAUUAAAGAAAAGGGUAUCCGUUUAUUCGGCAAGGAAUUCGGCGGCCGCGACUGUGUUGACUCGACUACGGCGGCCAUCAUCAACGACGCAGAGCCAGACUCAGCUCACAACAACAAAGACACGACCAAGGAAAACGAGAAUGAAGAUAAUAACAAUAGUAAUAAUAGUAUCAGCCGAAGAUUUGAGUGUCACUAUUGUUGCAGAAACUUCCCCACUUCCCAAGCUUUGGGCGGUCACCAAAACGCUCACAAAAGGGAACGCCAACACGCGAAACGACAUCAUCUAACCAUGCAACACAGUUCUUCAUCUCAUGAUGCUCAUAAUAUUUAUGGGAUCUUCAACUAUAAGCUAGACUCACCUCCGACGCCGUCAAUGGCGGCUUACUCUUCGUGGAACAAUAGCAUUAACAGUAGUAUUAAUAGUAGCAACGGUAGGUUUUAUGGGAACCAAAGCUCGUUCUCUCAGCCAGCGCUCAUCAAUGGCAGCCCACUUGGGUUAUGGAGAAUCCCGGCUGCUACAGUUCAAAGUAACGCCUGUAAUUUCAAUCGUGAGCGUUCAUCGACGCAUCCUACGAUGUUUUUCGCAGGCGAUGAGUUGAAGCAGCCGUCGCGGGUAGUGGCCAGUGGUUCGAGUUCCCAGAGUCGUCGGUACGGUUAUGAAUCGAAACCUAGCGUUAAUGACCAUGUUAGCUUGGAUCUACAUUUAUAAUGAUCAUUUCGUAGUAACUUUCAUCUU